UUGCUGCGAUUCUGCAUCAUGUUCCCGUCGUGCUGCUCCAGGCCUGCGAACAGUGGCGGAAAGAGGAGCUCCAUGGCCAAGCUCCUCCUGGGGGUGUUUAUGGUCUACAUGGUCCACACUGCAUGGCUACUGUACGGAUUCCUCAACACCAAGUCCUGCGAUGAGGGCCGAAGGGAGGACUGCAUCACCUCAUACCUGUCGGCCAGACCUAGAUUGCAGCUCAGUGUGUUCACCUGCCUUGUUCCAGACAACAGUCAGCUCAACCUGGCUCUGAGAAUUGAUCCAUUUGACCCACGUUCUACAUUUGAAAGGCAGGUGAAUGUUCUCCUGCCGGAGGAGACUCGAGCCAAUGGCAGCUUGUAUGCUGUAGUGUACGUCCACAAGGCCAGCGUUUCUCCUUUGGAUGAUAGCCGAGAGGUGCACCAUGCAGCUGUGCUUACCACCCACAUCAGCCCUGCAAACACUGAAGGGCACAGACACACACAGAAGAGCUCCAAAUUAAAGCAUCCUGUAUCCCAUUGGAGACCCCAUCUGUCAAUCACAAUUAUGUCAGAGGACUUCACCUUCACCAAAGGAGGACUCCCCAGUGACAUGCACCGCUACGUUAGAAUCUCACAGGAAGGAAGACGGAUCCUCUACCUUCCUCUGAUGCUCAUUGAUGAGCUCAGCUUCAGAAUCCGAGAUCUCAUGGAGAUCAACAGAAGCACCACCCAUCUGCCACUCACAGUGUCCUAUGAAGGCAUUUCUCUGAGGAAAUUUCGAUUUUGGGUUCAUCUACAGGAUGUGGUUUAUUCCCUGCGGCAGUUUGGCUUCUCCGAGGAGUACAUUGAUGAGAUUAAAGGGACCUUGGUGGGCUCUAAUCUGUACCUGUUAGUGUUGACCGCCGUCAUCACAGCCCUGCAACUCAUUUGUGAAUUUCUGGCUCUUAAAAAUGACAUCAGCUCCUGGAGGAAAAAGAAGAGCAUGGCAGGAAUGUCCAGGAAAUCCGUUUUGUGGCGAAGCCUCUGCACGUUGCUGAUUUUCCUGCACCUGCUGGAGGAGACCAGCCUGCUGGUGCUACUUCCUGUUGGGCUGGCGGCAUGUGUGGAGGUGUGGAAGCUGUUGAAAGUAUUUCGGAUCAACUUGCACUGGAGACGACCGGGCGUGAACAAGCUGGAUGAAGAAGAGCGGAGGACUGUCGCGUUUGACACGCAGGCGUCCACGUACUUGUCCUACUUGGUCUAUCCUCUGUGUAUCAGCGGAGCUAUUUUCUCGCUGGCCUACUUACGCCAAAAAAGUAAUAUUUGUUGUGUUGCGCCAACACUAAACUCGUCUUGCUUGACAGGAGUGUAUGCAUUUGGCUUCCUCUCGAUGGCUCCUCAACUGUUUAUCAACCACAAGCUAAGAUCUGUCAGCCACCUGCAGGGGGCAGUGUUGAUGUACAGAGGAGUGAACACUCUGAUUUCAGACCUGUGCUCCUGUGCUGCCAUGUUCUCCUCAUCUGAGGCAUUCUUGUCCUCUCAUCAACUGUCCUUUUUCAGAGAUGAGCUCUUCUUCCUCGUCUACCUCUACCAAAAAAGGCGUUGGACCCCAAAGGCCAGAAAAUCCGAGUGUGGCUCUCACAGCAAGAAAGUAAAGACUCAGUGAGCAUCUUAAACAAGUGAGAUGGUGAACUUGGCGACAGCGGCUUAUGAUCCUUUCCCCAUCCAACCUUUUCUUACACACUUUGCACUUACAGCAUCAUAAAUACAUCCAGUGCAAUCGUAAUAUCUAUUUGCUCUGUUACAGUCUGCUCCAUAUGCAGGGUGAGCGAAGCCAUUUUCAUUCAUUCAUCCCGGUCAUGCUGCAUCUUAAUGUGGGCGCUUAUCCUGCCAAUUACUCCCUCCCACACUCUACUAUUGCUCAUGAUGUUUAUUUAUUGCAUAUUUUCAUUGCAAAAGUAAAUAGGCCGAAUGCAAACUGAUGAAUAUAGAGAGAAAUAUCAUGCUUGGAAGUGAUUUAUGAAUGUGAAAAAGGCACUACGUAUGUGCGUGGCGUUUCUAAUGGACUUCACUUUGAUUGUUUGCAUUUGAUGAAUAAACAAUUAUUGUAGAAACA